UUUUAUUUUAGUUGCAAACUAUUUCUAUUUUCAUGAAAAUGAAACGUUUAAAUAUACUCUUUUUAGUUUUGAUACCUUACACACUUUGUUACAAACUUUUCGAGGAAUUUGAUUCUGAUGACACAGAAAUUGUAACUGUUGAAAUAGAUUCAUCGUCCAUAAAUAUACGUAAUCGACGAUCUGAAGAAAUCGAUUACCCUAGACUUGUUGAUUACAAACUCUCCGUCAGGGGAAAGGAUAAACGUUUGCACCUGACAAAAACAGCACAUCUGGAUCGAGAUGUACCCAUGUAUCAAAUGUCCAGUGAUCAUAAUCUAAAACUUCACCAGUCAUCAAGAAGGAUGUAUGCUACUUACCAGGACAGUGACUCCGGAGCUUCCAUCUUACUUCAGUGUGAUGAGACAUUACCCUCGUGUAACCUCGUAGGUGGUCAGCUUUGA